AAGUUGUCAGGUCUUGGGAUGACAUUGACAGAGAUGCAAAAUCAAGACAAAGUAAUUAGGAUGGACGGGAAGUCUGAGUAUGAUGUACGCACAAAAGGUGAACUCAAAUGCACUAUCAGAGACAUAUGUGUUCUUUCUAGUGGUCAGGUCCUAGUUACAGACCAGUACAAUAAUAACAUCAAGCUGUUGAGCCAAACGUACCAGGUGGUGAGUCACUGUAGUGUAUCUGAUCCUCAGCUCAAUGGGCCACUGGGCAUUUGUCAGAUCACUCCCAGUGAGUUUGGUAUUGCUGUUAGUCCAAAGGACACACAAGGUGAUGGUUUUCCUCCUUCAAAGAUCCUUUUUAUCAAAGUCAACAAUAGCCAGUUGGUGAAAGACAGAAUACUUAAUUUCCAACAUUACUGUCAUAGUAUUGUCUACCAAAAGGGAGACCUGUUUGUAACCUCUGGCACUGCUCUGUUCAAGUACAAACUGAGUGAUACAUGUACACUUGUCAGCAAACUGCACGAAGAUAAAUCAGAUAAAAAGACAGUAGCACGUUGUGCAGUGAGCCCUACGGGUGACAAGUUGUAUAUCACUAACCCCAGGCAGCACAAGCUGCUCACUCUGGCCAAGGAUGGAUCAAUCCUUGCCACCUUCAUGGACCCUGCAGUAACAUUUCUGAAUGGUUUACAUGUGACACCUGCAGGCCAGGUGCUUGUGUGUGGACGGGAUUCAAAAAAUAUCAUACAGGUGGAUAGUAAGGGUAGUAUGAAGCUGGCCACUCUUGCUACUCGGAGGGAUGGAGUUAAGGGUCCAUAUUCAGUCUGCUACAACAGAAUUACUGACUCCAUUAUUGUGGGACAGUUGGAGCGCAAAAAGAUCCUGGUGUACAAAGUGAAAUAGCUUAUUAUACCUGUAUCUUAUUUGUACUAUAAUAAGUGAUAUAAAUUACAAUAGCUGUAAAUAAUUGUUUUAUGACAAUGCAACAAUAUUUUUUAAUAUAGUACAACUUGUAUAUGUGCAGUAUAAGGUGAUGUAAGUAACAAUAGCUGUUUAUGUAAUAGUGUAUGUUAAAUUGCAAGAAUGAUUUUGAAAUAUGGAUACACAUAUUUUUAUGCCCCCGAAGGAGGUCAUAUAGUGAUCGGACUGUCCGUCCAUCCGUCUGUCUGUCAUAAUUUUCGUUUAGGUUUCGAAAAAUGCUCAUUACUUCUAUGUAGUUUCAGAUAGCAACUUGAUAUUUGGCAUGCAUGUGUAUCUCAUGGAGCUGCACAUUUUGAGUGGUGAAAGGUCAAGGUCAUCCUUUAAGGUCAAAGGUCAAAAAAACAAAUCCAAGGGAAGUGAUAAGCUUUAAAGGGAGAUAAUUAUCUGUACCUGCCAAAUGAUAAAAAAAUCAAUCAAUCAAAGCUGCGCAGUAGGAGGCAUUGUGUUAUUGACAAACACAUGUCUUGUUCUAAAAUUAAAGUUAUUUUUAGCUCGGCUGUUUUUGGAGAAAACCCGAUGUAUUGUCAUAGCCAG